CUGUAAUGCAUUGCUGCUGCCUGUUUGCCUGAUGCGCUUCUGCUCGGCGGCCGAUUGCUCUCCCCUGGCAGGCUGGCGAGGCGGGCCGAGCGCAUCGCUGUGUGCCGGCGGGCACGAUGGCUCCGCAGCGGCGGGCGGUGCCGCGGGGCCCCGAGAGCUGCGGGACGGCGGCGGGGCCGGAGCGCGGGAGCCGCCGCCACUGCAGUGCCAAGAAGAGCAGGGCCCGGCAGGACUGGCCAUGGAGGUGGCUCAAGGCCGCGCUCCUCGUCUCCUUGGUCGUUGCUGGGGGUUUCCUGAGCUGGCGCUGCCUGCAGAAUGAGGACGGGGUGACGGAGGUGCUGGCCCGUCAUGGGGACAACCUGCGGGACACGUUCAUCGAGGUCCCCUGCUCUGAGGACUACGACAGCCACAAGAGAUUCGAAGGGUGCACUCCCAGGAAGUGUGGCAGAGGUGUGACCGAUGCGGUGAUCACAAGGGAAGAAGCUGAAAGGAUCCGUAGAAUAGCAGAGAGGGGACUGUCCUUGGGAGGAUCUGAUGGAGGGGCAUCAAUUUUGGACUUGCACUCGGGAGCUCUGUCGCUGGGGAAGCAUUUUGUCAAUCUGUACAGGUACUUUGGGGACAAAAUUCAAGACAUCUUCACAGAAGAGGAUUUUGCAUUGUAUCGUGAUGUGAGACAGCGGAUUCAACAAAGGAUUGCUCAGGCCUUCGGGAUCAGCGCUGCCUCCCUGUACCUGACGAAGCCAACCUUCUUCUCGAGAAUAAACAACACGGGAGCCAAGACAACACACGAUGAAUACUGGCACCCACACGUUGACAAGGUAACGUACGGCUCUUUUGACUACACUUCACUGCUCUACCUGUCUGACUACACUGAAGAUUUUGGUGGGGGACGCUUUGUGUUUAUGGAUGCGGGUUCCAACAAGACGAUAGAGCCCCGAGCAGGUGAGUGCUGAACUUCCAGCAGUGUGACCUUUUAUGAUGUGAGACCAGGCACAGAAAAUCAAGGACAGCUUUAUAUUCCUACUGUGUUCCAUCUUCUUUUCAAGAGAGAAAAGAUGGAGAUUUACUCCUUUAAGACAGUGUCAGUAAUUGCUGACAGGUGUUACCCCAAGCAGAAUUGACUUGUGACUGUUGCUGCCUGCAAAUGGAGAUGGGUGCGGGGUUUUUUGCCUCGUGGGUCAUAGCAAUCCACUCACCAGCAGUAACGUUGGCUUAAAUAAACUCUGGUAUUAUCCACAUUCUGGGUUUGGUGUCAAGGAUUGCAUGCGUGUUUGUUUUGGCUUUUGUGGUUGGAAAUAAACCCCAAACUGAAAGUAUCGUCCUUAGCAAAAUGCUGCCACCAGUGUUUUGAAAGGGAAUACAUUAAACUAUUCAAUUUCCAAAUGCAGUUAUGAGGUUAGCAUGUUUUUAUAGCUGUGGAAAUCCUAGUUGAAUUCUAGGUAGCUGAGAGGGGAGCUGAAGGCUGCCUAUGCAGAUUGCUGUAUGCAAUGUUCCUCUGACUUAAUUUCAGAGUCUGCAACUGUGAAAUUGCUUCCAUUCAGCCCCAUCCGAUUAAUUUUCAGGUUGUGCUGUGAGGCGUUGGCUCUUUGUCAUUCUUGGGGAGGAAGAGGAAGCAGAUGAAUUACAGAAAGAUUUUUACCAGCACCUGGUUUUGGCUGUUGUAUGUGUGCCCCAGAACUGGUUAAACACGCCUUGGAAAACCAGACAACGCAAAGCAUUAGGGAAUGGCCUUAUUUGAAAGAGCAAAUGUGCCACAUGCACACAACAGAACAUUACAUUUAAUGCCAGUUACACGUUUCUAACGCGCUCCUCUAUCUAAACACAGUCACCAGGGGUCCUGUGGUUGUGUCACUACCUGUGGUGCAAUCUAAUUAACCACAGCAUCCUGUGAGCAAAGGAGAAAAGCGUGAGAGGUGAAGCACAAGCACAAUGUGAAGGCAAUUUCACUUAUUAUAGUUUUCCUCUUGCUGAUAAAAAGUGGCUUGUGGGAGAAUGUGAAGGAGGGAAUGACCCCAGGGUGUUUUCUGUUGCUGGUGCAAGUUGAUCACAGAAUCCCAGAAUGUCAGGGAUUGGAAGGGACCUGGAAAGCUCAUGCAGUGCAAUCCCCCCAUGGAGCAGGAACACCCAGAUGAGGUUACACAGGAAGGUGUCCAGGCGGGUUGGAAUGUCUGCACAGAAGGAGACUCCACAACCCCCCUGGGCAGCCUGGGCCAGGCUCUGCCACCCUCACUGAGAAGUUUCUUCUCAAAUUUAAGUGGAACCUCUUGUGUUCCAAUUUGAACCCAUUACCCCUUGUCCUAUCACUGGUUGUCACCGAGAAGAGCCUGGCUCCAUCCUCCUGACACUCACCCUUUAGAUAUCUGUAAACAUUAGUUGAUGUGUUUUGCAUGUUCAGAAUGUUCCUUUGCAGUGUUUUUUUCUCCUCCUCUCUUCGUUUGUUUUAUGCUUUUGAUCCUUUGUGCUUCUCUUGUCACUCCAACCCAACUCUUAAAACCAUGUUGAUAAGGUUUUUAUGCUUCUCAUUUGGGAGAUUGAGGCUUUUUGAGACAUGACUGUCGUAAUUGCUGGUUUGGUUUUCAUGCAUGACAGGUAAUUUACCUUCUCCGUAUUGCUAAUGCCAUUUCAGUCCCAAAACCUGGCACUUCUCGUUGUCUCAAAGUUAGUCCGCGUUUUGGGAACCUGGUACCGUGUGCCAAAAUGAGCACAUUCCUUUUUCUGUGAGCAGUCAUUUGUUAAAGUGUCAGGCUUUACAGUAGGGAACAGAAAGGUGUUGUUACUGAUGCAGUGGAGCAGAAAAGCAGUAAUUUGAAUUUAAAAAAAAAUAAUAAUAAUUAAAAAUAAAACAUUAUGGGCUUUCCUGUGUUUGGGAGUCCUGCCUGGACAAGUCCUGCUGCUGCUUCCAAAGCUUUCACAGCACUUGGUAUUUCAGGAUCUGUCUCAGCCAGGCAGGUAGGGACAGCGAGAAGUGUUUUAUGAGAAGUGGAGCCUAAUUUCAAAUGCUUAUCACUUCUCUAAUUAUAUAUCACUUGUGGAUUGUGUACGAAUUCUGGAAAUCCUGAUUCUCAUUCUCACAUAUUUGAGGGAAAGACUCCUGAUAGAAUAUGUAGCAUGGUCUACAACAUUGCCUGGUUAAAUUAUUAACAGACACCCAUAGCUUCAAGAAGGAAUUAUAAUUUAUUAACCUAGAAGUUCCUGAGGUAUUUUCUUCUUUUUAAGACAUGAACAAAAGUCUCCACUGUGCCAACUGACAUGUACAGACCUCUGGCUAAUUCAUAACCAAACGUGGCGGUAGGGAACACAUUUUUCUUGUGCCGUGAUGGGUUUCAGAAGUAUAUAUGUGUCUUUUGACUUCAGUCAGGACCUCUGUUUGCUGCAAGAAACUCACUGUACCAUGAGUAAGAGAAUUAUUAGUGCUGAGUGAAAUACUACUUGGAAAAAAAAUCAUUUUUUUGACAAAGAAACAGUUCUAAAGUAGCGUCUGUAGCUUUUAAAUGUCAAUGCAAAUUCUACUUCCAAAAUUGACAUCUUGGCUUUUUUUCUGUUCUUUGCACCAGGGGUUGCUCUGUCAAUAUUGACAAUUGGCCUCUAAGGCUCUUUUCCUUGGUAUAAAAUACCUAGCUAUAAAGAAACACAUGUAGUAUGCACCUUAUGUGCUUUCCAUUCCUUGCUGCACAGAACUUGGCUUUACGUGAUGCGUAUGCAAGCCAAUACUUCACAAAUUUGAUACUGCUAGACAAAUAUGCAGCAAAGCUAAAAGCAUAAAGAGAGCAGAAGAAAAUUGUCCUCAGCCAGUCAACUUGAUGGAAUUCAGGUAAUGUAAUGGAUAAAGUAAAACAAAAUACCAAAUCAGCUGCAGGUUCAGCUGUAUUACACUGUAUGGUUCAGUAAUGAUAUUUCAUUUCUUGGUUCCUGAUCUUUGUGAAUGUUAAUGUCACACACUACAGGUGCUAUCAUGAAGUCUUUUUAUUUAAAGGCCAUUUUUUGAAUGAGAAAUGAGCAGCAGAAGUUACGCUUGUGUUUGUUUUAGUGAUUUACUAAAUGCAAGGAUAAAUUCCUCCUCUGUCAACUCCAAAACCUACAACUGGCAUCCGUGUGGUUCGACUCUACCAAACAUGCUGUGGUUAGCAAGGUCAGGAAAAGUAAAAUAGAUGUUCCAGAUGUAUUUCAUGUGAUUGGAAUUGCAACAGUUUGUACUUAGAGGCUUUUCUUGGUAAGAACUUAUUGUCGGAGUCCAGUUCAGGAACCUUUUGCUGCUCUGACGUGGUCGUACUGGUGAGUAAUGGAGGGGAGAGCUGGAAGGUGGAGCAGAGGUGGGAUCCCUGUCCUGUUCUGGGCUGUCGGGAGAAGAAAUGGAGCCAGGAGGCCUUGGUGAGACACAGUAGCUGUGAUUUGGAGGGAGCAGUUAUGCCAUUUUGACUUCUAAAUACUUCACUGCGUUGUCACACCCUCAGACAUAAUGUACAGAGCGGAAACUCCUGUUAUUCUGAGCAACCAACUGUGCUGGUAGGAGAGCAGCAGGCAGGGGUUCUGUUGAAGUCUAAAAAUGCUCAUGUACUUUUAGCAGGAAAUAAUUAAGUUCACUUAUUUCCUUGAAAAACUGUAAUUUGGAAGUUUGCGGUCCAAGUGCUUCUGAAUUUAAAAUAGAAGCAAGUACUUUUAAAAUUAGUGAUAAUACUUCUACAAAUUACAAGCCAGCUAUGUAAAUCAGUGACUUUAUUUAUAACAGCAACUAAUUUCUCUGUCUAGCAAAUAAAUUUCGGACAAGUUUGUAACUAGGCUUCUUUAGGUACACAUUGGAGAUUUGUGUUGUAUGUUUUUUGUGUGUUUAUUUUUAAGGUUGUAGGCUUCUUUAUGCUUCUAUGCUUGGCAUAUAUACAGCAUAAAACGUUUAGAGUCGUGCCCCCUCUCUCCACUCUGGAUCAGGGCCAUUGCAGAUGCUUUCAUUCCAUGUUAUUUUUACGGGAUUUAGGUAAGGUCUUGCUUAAAGCUCUCCCCAUGCAGCGUUUAUUUAUAAGUAAUUGAAUAAGCAUAUCUGUUAUAUUCUGUAGUCACACAAUAGAACUUAUUUAUGAUCAGGUUAUUUGCCUAGUGAUAUGGUCAUUUUCUUGAACACUUUAUGUGAGAAUGAAUUAUCAAUCCGAAACAGAUGACAAGGGUAAGAAGACAAUUGCUUGUGCAGUUUCCCCGGCAGUGCUUCUGUCUUGGUGUCAUUCGGCACAUGAGAUGCAGUUUUUCUUUCCUUUGCAAGUAACAUUUAGAGCUGGUAAAUGUUAAGCAGGCAGUCAAAGCUGUCAGUGCCUGAGAUGAAAGAUGUCGCACGGAUCUGUAGUGCCAAGCAAACUGUUCUGCUUCUCUUUAAUCAGACAGAUGAGUUGCUUCAUUUCCUUCUUUCCAGUUCCCGGAGAAUGAGGGGACAGUUAUCACUCCUUCCUUGUGUGAUUGAGUGUUGGUUGAGACAAUUGAACACGUAAUUUGUGGUUUCUCCUGGAUGUUCUCAUGACCCAAGGAGUUUACAAGGAAACCUGGCAGUCAUUUAAACUGCAAGGGCCAGGAUGCUGCCAAAAAAGCAGAAAUGUCGGUGCCAUGUGAAGGACGGGAGCGUGAAGGGGCUUGGAGUCCAGUGGAUAAACAGAUGUGCUGCAAAUAGAAAGUGAUUGCCAAAGCUGAUACUCAUGUGAAUGGUCUGUUCCAUGUGUGAUCAGAAUACCUGAGGUUGGAAGGGACUGCUGGAGGUCAUCUGCUCCAUGUCCCCUGCUCAAAAAUCAAGCACAGGAGACGUGAGGGUAACAACAAAAUGAGUGUCUGAGACAGACCUGGGAAACAUCGGUAUCUGGUUCUGCACUCGCAUGCGCUAAUGCUGAGACCUUGAGAAACCUGGUGGAACUCAGCUGUUGGAAAUCAUUUAGACAUUGGCCUUGAUUUGAGAAAGGGAAUUGGACCAGAUGACCUCUCAAGGUCUCUUCCAACAUAAAUUAUGCAAUGAACUUAUAAUAUUAGGGCAUAAUGAUCUUGUAGUAUUUUUUCUUAUGAGCAUUACAGUAUGUUAGUGUUUGUAUGGUCUCAAAGUCCUUUCAUAUAUUCCCUACAUCUGUUUUUCUCUUGCCAGAAUAAGAACAAGGUAGGGCAUCUUUUAUAAUACUUAGAAAACAGAGCAUGUGUUAACUGCAAAGUAUUGUAAUGGUGAUUACUAAUUAAUUUUCACAGUAACCUUGUUAGAAUAGGUCACUACCACAUUCAUUUUGGAGACAAGGGAACAAGUGAGAGAGUAAGUGGUUUGGUUGGAAGUCAGUUACAUGUCAAGAGCAUAGUUGUGAUCGAAAACUGCUUCCUUUUCUUAUUCCUCCAAUCUGUAUUACCUCACAGACCAGGAGUUAGGCAGCUUUUCUUAUGGAAAUGCAACUGAAUGUCAAAAUUCAACACAGAUGAAAUCUCCUGAGAACAAGCCUUAGGGGAAUCCUUUUUUACAUUUUUACUGUGAUGUAUAGCUGAAUGCAGCUGAAUUCUCACCUGCAUGAUGCUGCUUGCAUCAGUUGUAUUUUCUGAAUCCAUCUAAAAAGAAUUAAUUGAUAAGGGGCAAUUAAGAAUGUGAUUAAAACCUGGGAAAGCAAAAGCAGGGAAAAGCAAAAGCUCAUUGUUAAUACAUAUCUUCCUCUAGGGGUUUUGUGUGAGUAAUUAAAUGGGACAUAAUUGCUGCUUAGUGAAAUAUCUGUGGCUUUUGCUGCUGGUGAAGUAUUAUUCCUGAAAAUAAGUGUUGCUUCAUCUAAAUUAGGAUCACAUAAAAUUCGUGGCAGUGCGGUUUGUGACUGGCAUUUGUAUGUCUUCGUAAAUAACGAGUCCUGGAAUCAGUGCAGAAAUUGAUUCUCAAAACAUCAGUAGAAUAAGUGGUUACCUCUAAGAUUAAGGUCUUGCUCCCUGCGAGGCCUUUCCUGUUUUUCACAUCACAGGCGUUUCUCAGCCUGACAGCAUUUAGGAGCCUGACUUGUGUCAGUGACUCCGAACACCAGGCUUGGUUUGAUGGAUGCUGUGGUGAUGAGCUCGUUGGCAGUUCUUGUCCUCAGUCAGUGUGAGAACGGAGUGUUUAAAUGAGUUUGCACCUGGGUUUUCAUUCAAUUAAUCCCUUCGUCCCCAAUACAAUUUAUCCUUUGCUUCCUCUUUUGAGUUAUUAAAACUUGUGGGGAUGCUUAAGGGCCACAGAAAGGACUGAGAGGAAACUCCACCUGUGGAUGGAACUCUUGGCUCAUCUUAGUACAGAAGCAGAGCUGCAGGCAGAUCUGUGAACUAGAGAGGGGAGCGACUGCAUCACAACACUUUCUGCAGCCUGCAAGGAACAGGAGCUCAUCAGCUAAAGGUUUAUUGGCCCUAUCUCCAUCCUGAAACACACUGUCUAGCACUUAAUGCUGGAAAGUAGAGAAAACUUGGAAAGGAAGAAAAAACAAACUGUAGAUUCAGGUAUUGUUGUCGAAUAGAGGUUGUAGGGCAAGGACUGAUUACUUCUGUUACUGUGGAGAUAUGCAAGCAAGCAAAGCAUUUAGAAACAGGCUCCUGCAGGUCUUGAGUUUACCAUAAAUCUUUCUAAUUAUUUGGGGGUUUUUUUGCUUUUCUAAUAAAAGUGAGAACAAGUGCAUUUGUGUGGGAGGAACUUCCUCUGGCCUGUAGUUGCACUCAGAGCUAGGCUGGCGUACAGCUCCCCCCCCGGCCUUAGACAGCCUGGGGCAAACCUUGAAGCCAUUUGGGAACAACUAUAAAGAAAUUAAGUGUUUGUGGGCAGAAGAGAGGAAAGAGCAUGGACAGAAGUGCCUACAAAAUGUAUUUUUAGCUAGUAUGGGGCUGUAUGUCCAAGUGUUAAGAGCACUCAGUGCGGUGGUGUGCUGCACCGACUGCUGUGGUGAGCUCUGCCCCAUUGACUUCUCAUGGAAUGGAGAGUGGACGUGAGGAGGAGGUGAUGGAUAGUAGGUGUGACAGGGCAGCCCGUGGCUCCUGGUGGCUUAUGAAUCUCAACCUCUUUUUCCUGAGGUUGAAGUACAGGGUCAAAGCAUCAUGAAGCUAAAACAACAGACUUUUUGGCAUCUUGCAGCGAUUGGGGAAAACAAGUCAAAUGUUCACAAGUGGGGUGAAAUACUUUUCAGACUACAGAUUUAUUUAAGUAGAAAAAAAAAGGAUUCCUUUGGUUUUUACCCUUGGCAUCACUUCUAACCCCAGGACGCCUCCAUUCCAAUCUCCAUCCUUCAGAGUGUAGCUCAGAUUGGCCUUUUUCUGAAAGCUUGGAACCUCAAAACAGGAGGUGAUCCCUUUGCUGUCUCCUCCUCUCCAAAAGUUCAUCCUCUAAGGACCAGGGAUUAAAGACUGCAUCUUUUUUGCUUAGAUAAUAUACUAUAAAAUUGUAUGGAGUAGUACCUUGUGGUCUCAAAAAAGCUUACACUUUAACAGGAAGUGUUCAUAAAUCAAACUGGAAUUAUGUGCCAGAAGGUAGCAGUCAAAAUUUCUUUAGUGGAGCAGAAAAGCAAGUUGGAAAGAAACCUGUGCAGGCUCAUCAGAGGAGGGGAGGAGAGAAUGAAAAGACCAGUUUGAGGCCAUUGUUAAAUAAUGAAAGAAAAGGACAAAGGAAAUGGGAUACGAAUUUUACAUACUUUCUCCUGAGCUUUUGUUCCGCAAAAAUGUUUCAGCAGGAAAUUGUAAGUACGUACAUACUUUUAUCUGCAAUGAAUAGUUGCAUAGCCAUUCUGUAGCAUUUGUAGUACAACACUCAUCUCUUUUGAAGCUCAGCAUUGAUUCUAUUGAUAUUUCAUAGUCUGGAGAGCUUAGUGGAGAUGUCCUGUGCAUGUCGUCCUCCCCAUUCACAAUGAGAGGAAUCCUAUCACAGCAACACUAGUUGUGGCAGCAUUUAACACUUUUUUAAAGUGCACUUUCAACACUUUGAAUGCAGCCUCACAGCUACAACCAGACCCAUGUUGUAUAUGAUUCUACUAACUUGCUGAUGUGGCUCAUAGCUUGGAACUUUGGGGUUUAAAAUCUUAACUCAAAAUUGAUUAAAAAAAAUAAUAGCUGGGACAAGGACAGGUUAUAACCUCGGGGUAGGUCCGUGCUUUAAGGAACUUGCUUAGUCCUGACCUGCUUGCUUUUUAUUGUAGUGAUUUAAUUUUUGAAGGGGUUUCCAUAUACUGUGUAUUGAAGCAAGACUGUAAAGGGUCCAGUCUUGGUGUGCUUGAAAGUCUUAGAAGUCAUCCUAUCUGGUAAUGGUACAACUCGAUUUUUUGUGUCCUUUGCCAGGAGUCUCUGGAUAAUGAUAUUGCCAUACAUUCCUUGAAGGUUUUGUCAGAUGGGAUGGGAAUUAGCAUGCUUCACACUCUUUUUGAACAUUUCUACUAUUAAAAAUAGCAUGCCAUGGAGACUGUGUGCUUUUGCUUCAGAAUUUUGCAAUGGAAAUUAGUUUAAGAUACUUUUUCCUCACUUGGGAAGAAUUUAUGUUUGAAAACUGACUGUGGGCUUGUUCAGUGACUCAGGCUGUGGUUGACUGAUGUGGGACCAGAUGCACAAGGAGCUAUAGAUGCCAUAUAUAUGAAGACAUAUUUAUUAAAGAAAGAAAUUAAAAUACAUUCUGUAUAGCAAAAAAAAAUACCAUUUAACUGGCCUAAACAAUACACCGAAACUUGUCUAACUCUGAAUUGCUGCUUCUUCUCAGAAGGGAUCAAACAAAAAUGCUUGAAAAUCGGUUUAAGGCAAAGCUUUGGGGUGAGUAAGUGAGGGACUGAUAAUAAAGUACUUGAAUAAUGUUGAAACAGGAUUCAAAAGGAAAAAAAUAAUCACGACACAGGGACUUUGUAUGAAAUCCUUGAGCACUGUUCAUUGCAACACUCCCAGGACAGGAGUACCUUGCUUAACUUAGCCUUUAAUCCAGAAAAGCAGGACACCAAGGUCUAAAUGAGCUAUGUGUAUAAAUGGAUGUGUUUUUAAAAUACAUAUAUAGUUUUAACAAUUACUGUUGUGCAGCCACAAGGCAGAGAAGAGUGUGAUAUGACUUCUGCUGGGCAGUUAUGAAAGACUAUGAAUUAUGAAAGAUUAAAAGUGAACUGCAGCUGUAUGUGCAAGGGACACGGAGGCUGCUUGAAGAGACCUUGGGUUAGUGAGCAAACUGGGCUCACUGAGGCCAGUCUAGUUCUGUUCAAAUCUCCCUUGUGCUGCUUAGGAGUAUACAAGCAAAAUAACUUCUAGCUAAAAGUCGCCCAAAUGAUCCAGAGGAAAAAAACAGCUAUGUUGCCUGGAGUCCAUUUCUGCAGUGGAGACCAUAUAAUGGUUGGAAUAGUUUAUCUUGUGCCCAUUUUAAGUAGCCACAUAAGUGUUUGAUUUUUGCCUGAUUGUGAAUGAGUCCCAGGCAGAGUUAGAUUGGCAAUAUGAACUCCGUAUGAUAAGCUUUUUAACAAGCUUUAAUCUAAUUUGAACAGUGGGGAAAAAAAAAAGCCGAGUGGGAAGAACACACGCUAUUGGGAUAAACCAGCUGUGCGUACGGGUGUUACUGGCUUCCUCAGGAGAACUCGAGCAGUCCUACGGAAUUGCGUCAGAUCUGAGUUACUUGCUAAACAAACUUUUUGUGUUUUCAGCAGUUUAAUGCUAUGAAGGUGCAGAGGGCUCUUCUGUUUCAGCAAGUGGGAUGCUAAUGUACCUCUGCUGUCAUUACCAAAGAAGCUGCGUUUCACCUCGAUGCCACUUAGUACCUGGAGAAGCCCAAGGCAGAGUGGUGGUCAGAGCCUGGACAGUGCAAAGCGCAGGAAUAAGCACUUAUAUCUAAAAAAAAAACCCAAAACAAACCCCACAAUUUCCAAGCCAAUGCAUUGAUGGUGUGGCUCUAAGGAAAAUUAAUUUGUAUAUGAGUGAUACGUAACUUUCUAACCUGGCUGAGCAGGGGCUGAUCAGGCUGUGCACAACAAGCCACAGCAAAUACUUGGUACAAUGCUGAUAAGCUGCUGCGGCUGCUUGUAAACCUGCUGAGUGUUUUUUCACUGAAGACUUUUUGCCACCUUUGUAGUACUUUGUCCUUUGGUCUGAAAUUAGAGCCCAGACUAGAAGGGAGCAGAGAGGAGAUCAAUACACUUUGUCGCUGGAGUUGCACCUUUCUUUUUUUUUUUUUUUUUUUUGCAAAAACUAAGAACUGGCUUCAGAUAUUCUUGCCCUCCUCCGGCCUUUUAUAAACUAUGAGAUAUGGUGGAAUAAAGUCUCCAGCUUUGUAGCGCAGAGGAUUAAGGUACGUUUCAAACAGUACAUAAAGCUGUCAGAGUGCAGCAUAAGCUCAUAACAGUUUGGCUCUGCGAUGACCGAUGGGCUCUCAGGUCACUAGGGAGCAGUUGGAGCGAGACAACAGCAAAACUGUGUUGAGAGCCGAGUGGCGAACUCCGUGUCACUGAUUAAAUACGUUGGCUUUACAGGUCGGGUUUCCUUUUUCACCUCUGGAUCGGAGAACCUACAUCGGGUGGAAAAGGUUCAGUGGGGCACUCGCUACGCUGUCACCAUCUCCUUCACCUGCAACCCAGACCAUGGCAUUGGGGAUCCCGUCUUGAAGUAAUUCCUCCGGGGAAGAGGUCAAAUGGAAUGAGAGAAGCCCUGCAAGAGGAGAAGAAAGAGGGAGAUAACAUCUCUUGUUACCUCACAUGCAAUUAGAAUUUCCCAACUGUGUUAAUAUAUUGUAAUACGUUUUGUUUUCAUAUGACCUUUUCCAUAAAUAUUGCAAACAGUGCCUUAAGGACCACCUUAAAUUUGGUGUAUUCUGAAAAUGGUUUCUCUUCACGCCCAAAGGGGAUAGGCUAAAAUGAAGAGUCCUGGAGCAGGCUCUUUAUUUUUCAUGUUAUAUUUUUUAAAUUCUCCAGUUUAAAAGAUACAAACAAUCUUUUGGACCAUGUCUCGAUACGACUGCCCAUGCUGCUGUUGCCUGUUGUUAAAUUACUUAGUCACUUCAGUUACUAAUGGGAGGUAGAAAGCUUGACCUAAGUUAAUAGAGCAAGAUGAGUGUUAUUUCUUGUGAACAUACCUUUUUGUUGAGAGGAAUGUAUUCUCUUUAGCAUGAGCACUAGCAGGCAAUACACCUGUGGUUUGACUACUGGGACUUACUUGAACUUUAUUUUAUUGAAUUACUACAGAUAUUUUCUGCUACAAACUGGGACUAGUUAAUAUUAAGUCAGAACUAGAAUUUUCUGGUGAGCCACAAAACACGUUACGCUUUGGUGUGCUGGGGAAUGUCCUGGCACUAGAUCGCUCUGAUCACAAUGCAGCAUGCCCAGCUCACCUCAUUUUCUGAGUUGUAAUGAAAAUGAGCAGUUUUCCUCUUAAAAGCCCAGCGUUAAGGUUAAGAUCUCCUUAUGCAGGUGGCUUGACUGUGUAACCAUGUACACCAAGUAAAUACUGAACCGGAGAGGACGGCAGAGGUAAUCGGACAGUCCUCUGCCUUCAUCUCGGCAUUUGUCAAUCCCCAGUUCCCAGGUAGGGCGUUAGGAUUUGUGAUGGGAACAGCUGAGGAAAAAGCUGGUUUUGUUGUGUUUUUCCACGUUACUCACUCUGUAAAGCUUGUCUUGCCGUUGAAGGCCGGCUGACAAAACCACAUGGACCAGCAGACUCUGGUAUGUGGGGUCUGGGGAAACGUGUCCACCUGCAUUUUAAAUGGAUCUGGUCUUGACCUAGAGCUUGAUUAUAAAACCCCUCUAUGCCAAAUAAGUACGUGUUCGCAGAUCAUUGGCUUCACUUAUUUUGAUCCGCAUAAAUAGCCUGAAUAACUUUUUAUUAAGAGUAUCUCUUCCCAGUCCUUGACAGAUAAUUCUGAACUUGAAUUACUUUAAUUACUGUUCUCUUUCAGGUUCAGCCUCCCUGUUGCUACUGGGAAAUGUGCUGCUCUGUUUCCUAGAACUCUCAUUACGCCAAGGAUGGGAUUUGUUGUGUUAAACUUGCGUAAGUCUGAUGCCAACCUGCUGCAGACAAGUGCUCUGAAUCGAACACAGGGUGAUGGCAGAACUUGGCUUCAUGUUUCCUAGUUGUGCAAGAACCUUUAAGAGCCCUCAUGGUGCAAACAGAGUAGAGAAAGGUCAGUACAUGUUUUGUGUGAACUGGGGCUUAGUCCUGACAUUAAAUUUACAGCCUUGUACCUGAAAGCAUACUUGUUACAAGUAUUUGGGAAUGCUGGUUUGUAUUUGAAAGAAAAAUACUUGAAAGGAAGAUAAAACCUGCUUGUGUGAAAUGUCCCAGGGUGAAAUAGAAAAUACAGCAGGAGAAAAAGCCAGAGAUUUAAUCCUUUCCAAGAGGCUGAAUGAAGCUUCAUGGGGACUUCUGCAAAAUUGUGCUACUCUAAAAACUGUCUUUCCAUUCAAAGGUUUUGGGGAAUAUCAGGAACUCUUAUAAAAUCAAUAGAUAUGGGAUCAGAUGAAGUUUUUAGUGUAAUCCUAGCUUUCCAUCCCGCAGCAUGCAUUUGAUUUUAAUUUUUUUAUCCUCUAUGCUAUGGUUCUAGGAACUCUGAAUGGACUCCUUGGCAUUACUCAUGUAUAAAAUUUUCAUUGUGUAAGCAGUUGUGGAAUCAUUGUGGGUUUUUUAAUUCCUCAUAAAUCAACCGAAGGUUUGGAAAGGUACAUUUAUGCUGAGAUUUUCCUGAGUAUGUAUCGUCCACCUGAAAUAUUCCAAGCACCAUCUUAAUGAAUUUCAAGUCCAGAAAUGUUUACCAGAGUACUCUGUUUACAAAAAGAAUUUAAUUUGGAUUUACAGCAGAAAUUUAGCUUCGUGUCUUAUUUUUAAAGUCAACAUCUCAACAGGUUGUAGCACAAAGGUGUGCACAUUAAAAUAAACGUGUAGCUGAAAUGGCAUUGAUAAAGACUAUGCUGUCAAGAGAAUCUGGUUUUGUUUCUUCUGUGAUUGCAAUUCUUAUUAUAUUUGAAUUUAUCCUUCUAGCUUUCCUUUCCCCAAUAAAUAAAGAUGACUUUGUUUUUAA